CACAUGAGAAAGCCCCAGUAUCACUGACGGAGUGAAAAUAAAUUCCUAUUAGAAUCCGCGAGUAUACCAUAAAGUGCAGCUGAAAAGCGCGCGCGACAGAGAGAGAGAGAGGCGAAAGAGGGAAAGUUGCGGAGAAAGGAGGAGACGAGAAAAAGUGUUUGUAAAUGUAGACGAGAUUCGGACUUUUCGAUCCAUAAUAACUGGUACUGAAAUACGAGUCUGUGCAAGCUAUUUGGUUUGUAGAGGACGUGGUGCCAUAAGGGCACUUUAUGAGUGGAUCUAAUGUUGUGUAAUGAUUAGUGGAAUGAUGGAUUGUUUUAGGGCCAUUGUUCAGUGUAAGGGUUCUUUGUGCCAUCGGUUCUUGUUCUUUGCCAUCUUCUUAUCUAGUUUUCGAGAUGUAGUGGCAGUGCAAACACAACUUGAGCCUGGUUCUCUCAUUUCCACGGCUGUGCUUGCUGACUCUCCUAGUAGUGGGAUUUUUGAUCCUAUAGAAAUAUCACCUUCCGUGAUUCCACAUUAUCCAAUUCCAGCAGAACCGUUGCCACCAAUGUACCCUUCCUUCCCUACUACUUAUGAGCCAGUCUUGACCGGGAGAUGCGUGGUAAACUUUUCUGCUAUUUCAAAAAUCAUGGAGAGAACAGCAGAUGACUGUGCUGCACCUUUGGCAGCACUCGUAGGGAAUGUAAUCUGUUGUCCCCAGGUUAAUAGUUUGCUCCGCAUCUUCCAAGGUUAUUACGGUGUCAAGUCUGAUGAACUGGUUUUGCGUAAGGGAUUGGCCAAUGAUUGUUUUUUGGAUAUUAUUAGUAUAUUAUCCAGCAGAGGGGCAAACAAUACUAUACCUACACUUUGCUCCAUAAAUUCAACAAACCUUACUGGUGGGUCCUGUCCUGUGAAGGAUGCAACCACAUUUGAGGAUAUGGUAAAUACAAGCAAAUUACUCGAUUCAUGCAGCAGUGUUGACCCGCUUAAGGAGUGUUGUAGACCAAUUUGCCAGCCUGCUAUUAUGGAAGCUGCUCUACGCAUUUCAGCGACAGAAUCAACUAUUUCUGCAAAUGCAGAUGUAACUGGGGAGUCUAAUGCGAUGGAUGCCCUUAAUGAUUGCAAAGGUGUGGUUUACUCAUGGCUUUCAAGGAAGCUCUCGUCAGAUGUGGCCAACACUGCAUUUCGAAUAUUAUCUGCCUGCAAGGUUAACAAAGUUUGUCCCCUGGAAUUCAAGCAACCUUCUGCAGUAAUCAAAGCGUGCCAUGACUUAGCUGCUCCCAAUCCGUCCUGCUGUAGCUCAUUGAAUACUUACAUUGCGGGGAUACAAAAGCAGAUGUUAAUAACAAAUAGGCAGGCCAUAAAUUGUGCUAUGUUGUUUGGGUCAGUGUUACAGAAAGGUGGUGUCAUGACAAAUAUUUAUGAGCUCUGUGAUGUUGACUUGAAAGAUUUCAGUCUCCAGGCAUAUGGUUAUCAAGUUGCAGGGUGUCUCCUUCGAAGCUUGCCUUCAGAUGUGGCAUAUGAUAACUCCACUGGUAUUAGCUUUACAUGUGAUUUGAGUGACAAUAUUGCUGCACCAUGGCCAUCAUCUUCCUCGCUUUCAUCCUUAUCCUUCUGUGCCCCUGGGUUUCCUGCCUGGUGAAGGUUUGACAUGACAGAUCUUCAUACAAAUAUGGGGGAUCAUCUGGAUUAACCAUACAUAAAAUUCCUUCUUAUUGUCAUCCCUGUGACUGCUUCAUGUGGCAACUUGGCUUUUGAGUGAUAGACCUUUAAUUUUGUUGGGUCAACAAAAAAAAAAAAAAGGUUUUGAAAGUGAAUCAUUUUGCCACAUGAUAGGGGGGCUGUGGAACUGAAACUGUACCAUGGCAAAAUGUGUAAACUGUUAUACUUGGGAAACUUUUAGGCUGCUCUUCUUCUUCCAAUGGUCAACAAUCCUUUCAAAAUGGAAACCGCUUUGCUUUUUUCA